UCUAUUGAUGUAAUGUGUGGACUUUCAACAGCUCGUGUUAAACUUUCACUCCUUUUCCUCCUCCUCCAACAGCUGUCUCCUUGUCUCUCUCUCUCUCUCGCUUUUAUUUCCACUCUCCCUUCUCCCCUUUUUGCUUCUGUUGUUGUGGUCGCUGCUGCUGCCACCUCUGACAAGGUCCGAGGAGGAAUGGAGAGGAAUGUCCAUCCCACCAAUUCCAGCGAAGAAAGCAAGACCAAAACAAGAAAGAAGGAUGUCAGAUCCACCUCAAUUCCUCAACGCAUGGCAACACUCCAGGCAUGGACGCAAUGUCGAGCUAAGGAUUUCACUGUCAAGUAA